AUUUUAAGAUUUAAAAAGUUAUAAAUAAAACGACGUAAAAGCUUUCUUCUAUCACGAUAUAUCAGAAAGGAAGCUACAGGCGAAUAUUUUCACAGCUCUCUAAAGCUGCAGAACCAGAAACGGAGGUUGCUGAUAAGCCGAGAUAGAUUUCGGGGAAUGGCGGAGAGUUCUCCGGCGGGAUUUAUCUUCGCAGCGGUGCUGUUGCAUGCUACGGUAGUGAUUGGCGGUUUUCCGGCGGUUCUGAAGCUGGAGAGGUUGAUUCCGGCGAGUCAUGAGCUCGAUCUGAGUCAACUCAGAGCUCGUGACGCAGCUCGCCAUGGCAGGUUGCUGCAGAGUCCUGCAAGUGGAGUGGUUGAUUUUUCGGUCGACGGAGAUCCGCAACUCUUUGGACUCUACUACACAAAGGUUAAACUAGGGACACCCCCAAGAGAAUUCAGUGUGCAAAUUGACACGGGAAGUGAUGUUUUAUGGGUUAGCUGCAAUUCCUGUAACGGCUGCCCCAAGAACAGUGAACUUCAAAUUCAGCUAAGUUUCUUUGAUCCCGGGGCCUCAUCCUCAGCUUUAUUGGUUUCAUGUUCAGACAGGAGAUGUUCGUCGACUCUGCAAUCAGAAUCUGGCUGUUCUCCGAACAAUCUCUGUUCCUACACAUUUCAGUAUGGCGAUGGAAGCGGCACUUCUGGGUACUAUGUUGCAGAUUUCAUGUCCUUUAAUAUGGUUGUCACCAGUACGCUGAGUCUAAACUCAUCAGCUCCUGUUGUCUUCGGGUGUAGCAACUUGCAGACUGGGGGUUUGCAGAAGCCUGACAAAGCAGUGGAUGGUAUAUUUGGGUUAGGCAGGGGGCGCUUAUCAAUAGUUUCACAGCUUUCUUCACAGGGACUUGCACCCCAAGUAUUCUCCCACUGUCUGAAGGGUGAUAGAAGCGGUGGAGGUAUAAUGGUUCUAGGCCAGAUUGAGCGACCGGAUACCGUUUAUACUCCUCUUGUUCCAUCACAGCCUCAUUACAAUGUGGACCUGCAGACCAUUUCUGUGAAUGGUCAGGUAUUACCGAUUGAUCCAUCUGUUUUUGCGCUAGCCACCAGUGAAGGAACAAUAAUUGAUACAGGAACAACGCUUGCUUAUCUUCCUGAAGAAGCGUAUGAUCCGUUUCUGCAAGCUAUUACCAACUCUGUUUCACAAAAUGCUCGUUCUAUUAUCCACGAUAGUCACCAAUGUUACGAUAUCGGGUCCAGUGCUGUGGAUGUUUUCCCUCAAGUUACCUUGAAUUUCGCUGGUGGUGCACUCAUGGUCUUAAAACCUGGGGAUUACCUUCAGUACGUCUCCAAUGGAGUCAGUCCAGUAUGGUGCAUUGGUUUCCUCAAAAUGCCGGGACAUCGAAUAACAAUUCUAGGGGACCUGGUUCUUAAAGACAGAGUCGUUAUCUACGACCUUGUUCAUCAGCGAAUUGGAUGGGCAGACUACGACUGCUCGUUAGGCGUGAAUGUUUCAGCGGCAAGAGGAGGCCGAAGCAACGGAAUUAUGAACUCGAGGGAAUGGGGAGAGAACAGUUCCGAGACUUGUGGUGGACAACAAGUCCUAGCAACAACUCUGCUAGCUUUGCUUUUCCAUGUGAUAAUAAAACUGCUUAAGCCCGAUAAGCAUCUUCCUAUUGUCGUAGAUGGGAAUUCCUUUGCCAGUGGUAGCCCAUUUUGUUCUCCUGACAGAAGUGAAACAGCCAAGGUUUAAGCUCCAUGGCCUUCCAUCCAUCCAUCCAU